AAUGACAGAAAAUUCAUAUCCUUAUCCAUCAACUCUUAAUAUAGACAAUUUUGUAACCAUAAAACUGUCUAAUUCUUCCAAUUAUAGUCUAUGGAAAGCACAAAUUAUUUGUCUUCUUGAAAGUCAAGAAUUAGUUGGUUUUAUUGAUGGAACUAAUUUAAUUCAUUUACCAUCGUUGGAUUUGAAGUGGAAAAGAAGUGAUAGGCUUGUUAAAGGAUGGAUUUUUGGCUCUUUGGCUGAAGAAAUGUUUCAGUAUGUGGUGGAGAAAAUUAGUGCUAGAGAUGUUUGGUUGGAAUUGGAGAAAAUUUGUUGCCAUAAUUCACUUGACAAUUUUCAAGAUUUUGCUAUGCAAUUAGUAAAACUUUAUCCUGAUUUGGCAAAAUAUAGUUCGCAUAGAUCAUCUCCUUUGGCUCAGUUGGCUACAAAGACAUUUGGUACAAGUAGUGUAAACUAUAGCAAGACACCAUCUUUGACUAUCACUAUAUCAUGGCUUUUUCAAGCAAGAGCAAAUGUCAAUGAUAUCGAAAAUGCAACCAAUGAAACAUUACUCGAUAAAUCAAAGUCCAAUUCAUCUGAAUUGGAAUAUAUUCGAGACAAAAAAUGGAAACACCAAAAUGCAAUUAAAUUAGCAGAAUGCCUUUGCGAAGAACUACAAAAUAUAAGUGAGAAAGAAAUCAGCGCUAUCGUUGGUGGUCCUCUCCUACAAGCCGCGCAUUUUGAUAACUACAAGCUUGUUGAAAUUAUCGUGACAAAAUUUCCUUCAUCGAUUUAUUAUCACCACGAAAAUGGAAAGAAUAUACUUCACGUUGCAGUAGAGAAUCGCAGCAAAAAUGUCUUUAAAUUGGUCAGUCAAAUGAAUCAACAUAGCCAUCAUCUCGUGACUUCAAUUGAUUCAUCUAACAAUACAAUGUUGCAUUUGGCUGGAAAAUUAUCGGAAGAAAAAGAGCUAAAGAAAACUUUUGGGGCGGCUCUUAAUAUGCAAGAAGGAUUGAGGUGGUUUGAGGCUGUGAAACAAAUACUACCACCUUCUUAUUACCAACAUUUAAACAACAAUGGCAAAACUGCUCAUCAAGUAUUUACAGAGCAGCACUCAUAUUUGAGAAUACAAGGAGAGAAAUGGAUGAAAGAUACAUCAAGUCUAUGCGCAAUUAUAGCAACACUCAUCGUUACCAUCGCAUUUUCUGCAUCAAUUACAUUUCCAGAAAUCAAAAACUGCGAAAACGCGCUUCCAAUUUCUUUCAAAAAAGGAUUUUUAACCGCAUUUAUCUUCUCCAACACAGUAUCCCUCUCCACCUCCUGCAUCUCUUUAUUUGCGUUCGUUUCUAUUUUGACUUCUCGUUAUGCAGAAGAAGAUUUUUCGUACGUGUUCCCAAAGCGCCUAUUAUGCGGACUUCUCAUGUUGUAUGCCUCUGUAGAAGCAAUGAUGUUGAGUUUUGGUUGUGCUCUGUAUUUUGUGUUGAAGGAUAUUGAAAUGGUGUUUUAUGUAGUGUUUAUAGUAGUUGUAUUAUUGCCUAUUUUAGCAUUUCAACAUUGGUGAGGCCCAUUAAUUGAUCAUUUGUUUUCUCUAGUUAAGAGAAAAAAACUAUGCUUUGAAGGCAUAGAUU